GAUUCUGGAAGAAACACACACACACACACACACACACACACACACACACACACACACACACAUACAUCUUUCCUGGGGGACACAGGGAAGCCUGAAGGAUUUCCAAGAUGACCAAGUUACCAGCCACCAAGAAGAUACAGAGUUCCCCUGCCUCGGGGGCCCUCUGGCCCUUUUAUGCCUCAGAUCUUCUAACGCAGGCCCCAGACAGACCAAUGAGGAGCACCAGGUAUAUGGAGAAGGAUACAAUAAACCUCCAGAAAGACCUUACCCGAAGCCGCAUCUUGAUUCAGUGGGUGAAGAUUGGCCGUGGCUACUUUACUAUCCUGAGGGAGGAGAGUGCACUGAAAAGGAAGCGACAACAACUUCAGAAACUCAAAGAGGAAGAAAGAAAUAUAUUCCAACCAGCCAAAAGGAUGUCAGAUAUCCAGCAUGGGGAUACUCUUUUGACCACGUGCGGGCACGAGAAGAUGAAGAAGGCGAGGAUUGGAAUCCUCCUGCGUCCAUUCACCCCCGUGCACAGCUGCCUCAUGGCGCCCUCGCUGCCUGAGGCUCACGUUGAGCCCAUCUUCCGCCAGCUCUGUGCCCUCCACUGGCUCCUGGAGGCCCUGACUAUCGACCACACCCACCACACCAUGAAGCCCGUGAUCACCUGCUGGAAUCCGAAGGACCCAGGUGGAAGCAAGAGCACAAUAAAAAAAAUCAAUAAGGACAAGUCCAUGGGACAGAGGUGGGAGCGCUUCAUCACAGCCCCGAAGGCCAAGAGAUUCAAGGUUCCUGUAGCACGUGUCACCAGCCGCAAACCAAGCCGGCGAGGCUCCACCCUCAGUCUGUCUCGGACAAGUGGAGGGUCAUCUCCCCAGAGCAGCAUGGUCUCCGUGAACCCGGGCUCAGAUGAGCCCCGGAGUGUGACCACCCAGGCGACGGGCGGCAAGGGCGUUGAGGGCGAUGAAUCGUCUUCGGCCAAGCCUGAAGAAGAGCCUCUCCAUGUCGAUCUGCAGAAGCUCCUGGAGAUGGUUCGGGAAGAUGCUCAGAGAACAGUCACGAUGGCAAAUGGGGUGCAAAAACAAGCGGCCAGGUAUGUUCUUUCGACACCUGGGCAGAUAAAGAUGUCAGCAUCAUAG